AUGCUACAAGUCAAGCAAUGCACUGAAAUUGCAACGGUAUGGUUGUGUAAUCUCCAAUCUCAAGUCAGGUCUUCUACCUAUCCAUACCAAGAUUUGACAACACCACAAGCCCAUUUCAUUCUCAAGCCAGUCGCAAUGAUGGAAUGGCCAUUUCACUUCCAGCCCGCCAAUCCCGCCAGCCCGGAUGUCAUCAGUCAAUAUGCACUCAUUGCACAAGUUAGCAGCUGUGUGCCUCUCAUAUUGCUGGCUGCAUGGUCUCGGCGUCGCAAUCUCCAUGACAUGUUCAACUUGAGUCCCAAAUGCAAAUAUCAAACAGUGCCAAAACAUGGGUAUUCAUCUUCCUCGUUACCACGCCGUAUAAUGCACACGGUAUUGUGGUGGCUUGGAUGCCGUGCUGGUCGGCUGGAUGGGACGGUGUUUCAAUGGUUCAUGGGUCUCUCCUGGGCCGUUUGGCUGUCUAUUAUCUGUCUCUGUAACACAAGUUCUGCCCUAUCCAUAGACUAUCUUCACCUGACAAAACGCAUCGGCGCUGUGGCAAGCUCGCAACUCCCAAUGACCGUUUUACUGGCGGUAAAGUCCAGUCAUUCCCCAGUCCAGAAGCUGCUAGGCAUCUCGGAAAGACAUCUGAACAUCUAUCAUCGCAUACUGGCUCGAAUCGCCAUUGCCUUGGCAUUGUGCCACGUCAUGCUCUAUCUCAACUUCUACGUCAAAUCCGGCCUUGUGUCGAAACGAAUUCGCGAUUCGGAUGUCCUCCUUGGGCUGGCAGGCACCUUCUCAUUGGCGGUUAUCGCUGUCACCAGCGCGCGCUUCGUGCGGUCCUGGAACUACCGCUUUUUCUUCCUGAACCACGUUGCCGGUGUCACUCUGGCGCUGAUAUUCAUCUUCUUUCACACCAACCAUGCUCGAUUAUUCGCUUCCGAGUCUCUCAUCAUAUAUCUUGUCAGCAUCGUGGCACGGAUCAGGUGCACAAAGACUUUGGCGGCCAAACUAGAGAUGACUCCCUCGUCGGACGUCGUAGUUACUCUGCAGCUCGAUGGUGACUCUCACUAUCUGCCGGACGCUUCACACGUCUAUAUCGGGAAGACCUCUGGAGGCAACUUCCUCCUUGCAUUCUUCAAAAACUACCUGCGGAGGAAUCCAUUCACCGUAUUCAGGGGUCCCGCGGAUAAGGACAUGCUCUUGCUCAUUCGACCGCAAAAAGGACAAACAUCGGUCCUUCGGUCGAUGGCUAAGACUUGUGACGUCGGACAAGAAUUCGAGCUUGUGGUAGAAGGACCAUACGGCCCAGCGGUCCAUUCCGCUCCCUCCCUCCCAUCUCACCUCCGUGCUUCCUAUGACAACUUGUUCCUGGUCGCUGCCGGGUCGGGAGCUUCAUUCAUCAUGCCCAUUUUCUCAAAAAUCGUGACGGAAUAUGAAGCUGCACCCGCAGAGACGCCGAGAUGUCGAAUCCAGUUGAUACUAGUAGUUAAAACUCGUACUGAGCUGGAUACCGUACUACGGCUCUUUUGCGACGAGAAGCUGACUAGAGAAGUCCCAACGCUCGAGGCCUCUCUCCACAACUUCAUGAAGAUUUUCCUGACCCAACCUUCGCAAAAUUCGACUCGAGGUGAAGAUGUCGAGUUGGGGGAUCUUGUACAAGACGAGGAUGCCGAUGACUUGAUUACAGUGGCGCCUGGGGAAUACAAGAACAUAGCAACUGGUCGGCCUAACUGGGAAGAAGUCGUGGAUGUCUUCUUCGAUGGCGGUGAUAUUCAAGGAUCGACGACAGCCGUUGUAUCCUGCGGCCCGGAAAUGUUGCAGGAGGCAGUCCGCAGUGCCUGUGCCCCUUGGGUACGGCGAGGGGCGGACAUCGAAUGGUACGAGGAAGGGUUUAGCUAG